GGGGUCUUUUUCAGAGGUUUUUAUGGUGAGAGAGAAGAAAACAGGAAAACUGUAUGCCCUGAAAUGUCUGAAGAAAAAACACCUAGCUCAUAGCAACCUGGAAAAUGAAAUCAAUGUACUGAGAAGGAUAAAGCACGAGAACGUGGUGGGACUGGAGGAUUUCUAUGAGAGUCGAACACACUAUUACCUUGUCAUGCAACUGGUGUCAGGUGGGGAGCUGUUUGAUCGCAUCUUAGACAAGGGGGUUUACACUGAGAGGGAUGCCAGCACAGUCAUCAAACAGGUGCUGCAGGCCGUCAGCUAUCUGCAUGAAAACAGCAUUGUACACAGGGACCUUAAG